GUUCAACACAGCGCCGUGCUCUCCUGCUCUGGACACGUGCCCCAAAGGAAGUCAUCCUGCGCUUGUUCGCCAAUCCUACUCACACUAGACGAACAACAGCAGACAUCGUUGGUUCCGCCAACCAUCACCGGAUAUCUUGCAUCGACACUGAAACGGGCUGCUUCGGACCAGAGGCGGAGAGUUUUCAUUUGGCCAGGCGGGGCAAGGGUGCACCGCGAAAUGCCACCCGGGGCACAGAACGUUAUUUCAGACGUAGGAAUAUAGGUGUCGCCACUGUUCAAUCCCUCUCCUCUUCACAGGACGACGCUUUCGAACAUGCUCAACAACAUUGCCGAGCUGCCCGUUAAAUGGAGACUUCGCAACCAAAUGGAUUUCGAGCUUGCGGUAUUCCCACAAUCAUUUACACGAACUGAACACAGUUGUGAAAUAUCUCACUUGAAAACAAAGGUGGAAUCAUAAAAAGUGUGGCUCCCACCGAGCGUCGGUGGAAGUAUGGCGGGCACGAAGGAAGCCCGCCAUAGUGGAAGUACUUCUUUCUUUCUUUCUCAGUCUGGUCGGCCAACGUCGCCGUGCAUAAGCCAUAUCCUUCCUGGGCUAUUUCCUGCCUCUCAGGAGAGCACGUGACCGCUGUUUCUUUCCAACUGUGUCUGAGUAAUGUGAUCUCGACCAUUGCUUUGUUUCGGAAAUGUGACGCAACGGCUGCGACCUGAGUGGUGCACUCUUCAAAAUGAUGGUGGUGGUGGUGGUGGUGAUGGUGAAAGGGCUCUUCAAAAUGAACUUCCCGGCAUAGCACGCUCCUAGCCAACCACCAUCUCGAAUGAUAUCGCCAUCUGUACUGAUUUGUUGAAAACGGGAUGCCUUCCGCCGUGACGUCAUUAGACGUCAUGACUAUACAGUCGUAUGUGGGCAUGACCGUGACACCGGUGACUCCGUCAGAACGCUCAGACACACGACUGUGCACAAGCUGGAAACUGGAACUGGAAGCUGGCUCUCAGCCGUUUAUUUUCCAACGUGAAUUUUGAUCGGUACAUUUCGAGCCACACUCAUCCACACCAUGCAUAUCAACCGACUCGUCAUAGCAUCUUACGCCAUCCUUAUGAUGUGUGUUGCUGUCCUAUCCGCCAGCGAUCUUCAAGUAGCGGUGCUGCAAGAAGUCUCCCAUGUGCUCGGCGAGUCUUCCUUCUACACUUGCAAGCAACGUCAAGGUACUCUUGCUAAAUCGAUUUGUUCUUGUGACCCAUCUUGCAAUCGCUACGGGGACUGUUGCAUCGACAUUGCUGAGGACGUACCACGUGAACGUUACAUGUGUACACAGCUAGCAAGUCAUGGACCUUACGUUUGGGUAAAAGCGUCAUGUGGAGGAAGACCUGUUCCAUCGUGGAUGAAAGUGAAAUGCGAAGGACAAUUUACGGGCAAUUUUCCUUUUUCGUCAUUCCAGUUCCUCAGCGACAAGCUUUCCUUCCACAAGCCGUCAGGAAUCUUGUAUCGGAAUAUCUACUGUGUAGUCUGCAACGGAGGACAUCAAAACGAGACGUACGACUGGGGCAGUAAGAUUGAAUGGGUCGGAGAGUCGCCAGGGAAACUGAGUGCACCUAGCCAACUGCAGAAGAUGCAGUAUGACGCCAAACGAGGCGUUUAUUGGAUGAUGCACGCGGGUAUUAUGUACAUUGCUACGGUUCAAAGUCCUGCGUUUGAGUGGAAGAAUUUUACGCGUGCGUUCAACACGACGGAGUGCUCUCCCACUGUGGAUGAAUGUCCUAAAGGAAGUGACCCUGUGCUCGCCCAGAAGUGUGCACUGUACGCUGCCUAUUAUACCCCGAGCGAUGCGGCACAAGUGACUUACAAGAACUACCAUUGCGCCCUCUGUAAUGGAGUAUCCCUCGCAACGGUUGAGGAAGACGGCGAGCGAGCAAAAUUUAUUCAAUCAUUGAUUAUUCCUUCGCUUGACAAACCUGCUUCAGAUAUCUCCUCGUCCCAGCUCGACCAGCGAACACAUCACAAUGAAUGUGAUGAAGGUCAAAUAAGGCUGCCAGGACUGAACUCUUGUCGAGUUUUCGGCUGCAGAGGGGGCACAGUGAAAGGCAUCGGCGGUUGUCAACGAAGUGACGGUACCCACAGCUGCGCCUGGAUCUUGCUUGAAGAACAUCAGGUCCCCAUCCUCCCGAACCGCACGCUGCAUGUAAACUUCAGCGACGAAACCGUGAGUCUCGGUGACUACGAAAUAGACAGCUGGACUGGGCAUAGUCUCGUGUGUGUCCCAUAUAAUGUAACGGUCGUGCCUGAUUCAACACAAACGAGCAUUCAGUUAGCCAUUAUAGUUCCCGUGGCUGUCUUCGGUUUUCUAUUUCUGAUUCUGGUUCCGCUCGCUGUCUACCACCGUUGGCGCUUUUGUUUCCGUACAUACAUUGUUAGUCGAUGGGGAAGGCAAACUGAAAUGAAAAAUAAUAUGAACGGUGCCGAGGCUACGGAAAUGAGAAAGUACGAAUUUUAGCAAAAUCUGGGAGGUAUACUGCUUGCGACAUACUUGUUUGAUAUCUCCCAGACGGGCCCCAGACGGGAGAGAUGGCAAUCCGAUAACCGCGCGUCG